CCACUGGAUGUUUUCUCCCCCAAAUCCAAUCGAACACGGUGUUACCUCCUCCUCAUCUCCCAAUUGCACCCCUCACCCUUACAGGUCUUCCGCCGCCUUUCUUCAAUGCUUCAACUUCACUAUUCCCCUGCUUCUACGUCUCACAACUUUUAAGCCUUAGCAUCCCUCAAAAUUACAAUCAUUCUCAAGUUUCAUUCCUUCAUUCAUGGCCUCUAGGCUUGAUUAUAACCUUGUCUCUCGCUAAGGUACCAAGCCACCAUCUUCUAGUCCUCUGGUUCCGAUCCCGGCCUAGAUGCGUACAAAUCCCUAUCAUCCCAAACCAAUGUCCAGUUAAAGAGGAGAACCAGACGGGGAUUAUCAAUAAAAAAGAGUAGAAACAAACGGGAGGAGAAUCAUUUUUUAUUAUCAUUCUCCAUAUCAGAGGCAGGCAGAGGAAGGAGAUGGGUGCAAGUAGCAAAGCUGCAUAAUUUUUCUAAAAUUCACACGAGCAGCAGCAGGAGGAUAGAUUCUUUAUGGGCUUUGCAUUUCCUGGUAAUUAUCCAAUUUUUCUCUCCUGAAUCAGGAAUCAUUUUUCUCUUUAUUCUGUUCGACCAAAUGGAAAGAUUAAGACCACUCAUUUGUAAGAACUGGAUCAAGGCAAAGGCUGAAUCUGUGUCUCUUAAGCUUCCUCAAGCUUUGAGUGCCUUCCACUCCAUGAUUAAAAUGAGCUACUUGCCUUCUAUCUGGGCUUUUAAUCAUCUGUUUGUGGCUGUUUCCAAAAUGAAAGAAUAUUCCUCUGUGGUUUCCAUGUAUAAACAGUUGAUGAGUUUUGAUAGAAUUAAGCCUAAUAUCUAUACAUUCAACACUUUGGUCAAUUGCUUUUGCAAUUUGAACCGGGUGGAUUUGGGUUUCUCCAUCCUGGCUGUGGUUCUUAAACGUGGUUUUCAACCUGACGGUUAUACUAUGAAUCCUUUGCUUCGUAGGCUUUUCCUAGAAUUUAAGAUUAAUGAGGCCAUGGAGUUGCUUUGGAAAAUAGUGGACAUCGAGUACCCAUGUGAUGCUUUUACUUGUAGUGUUUUAAUUAGUGGGCUCUGUAAAUCAGGAAACACUCACCUGGCACUUGCUUUGCACAGAUCCAUGAAUGGUGCUGGUGCUGGAUGGUUUAAAACUAGUGUGGCAUCAUAUAAUUCGUUGAUUCAUGGGCUGCGUGCCGAGGGUAAGCAGGAAGAAGCCACCAGCAUUUUGACUGACAUGAUUAAUAUGGGAAUUUCUCCAGAUGAGUACACCUUCAGCACUCUGAUCAAUGCUUUUAUUAAGGAAGGGAAGACCAAAGAUGCAGUUGCUCUAUUUGAUUCAAUGUCUCAAACAGACAUAAAGCCUAAUGUUGUAAUUUAUAACUCUUUGGUUUGUGGCUUGUGCAAGUCAGGUGAAUGGAGAUUGGCCAGAGAGUACGUGGAAAACAUGAUUGAUUAUGGAAUCUUGCCUAAUCUUUUAACAUUAAGUUCAAUGAUAAAUGCUUUGUGCAAGGAAGGCCAGAUGACCGAAGCUAUCCAUUUGAAGAAAGUGAUGCAUUUUGUCAAACCUGAUGUUGUCACUUACACCUCACUAAUUCAUGGAUUUUGUCAUUCAGGUCAAUGGGGAGAAGUCGUAAGCUUGUUUAAUGAAAUGAUGGAAGAAGGAAUCAUGCUAGAUGUGGUAACUCUCAGUUCUAUAAUUGAUGCUUGUUGCAAGCAAGGGAGAACCAAAGAAGCCCUCAGCAUUAUGGAGCAAAUGAAUGAAAGGGGUUUGAAGCCCAAUGUUAUUACUUACAACUCAUUGUUAAAUGAGUUGUGUCAUUCAGGCCAAUGGGAAGAAGCCACAAGCUUGUUUAACAAAAUGAUGGAAGAAGGGAUCAUGCCAGAUGCAGUAACUUUCAGUUCUCUAAUUGAUGCUCUUUGCAAGAACAAAGGAAUUAAAGAAGCUCUUACCAUAUUGAAGCUAAUGACUGCAAGGAUUUUGGAGCCUAAUAUCAUCACUCACAACUCAUUAUUGUGCCAUUCAAGACAAUGGAGGGAAGCAACAAAGUUGUUGGAUAGAAUGGUGAAUCAUGAUAUCUUACCAGAUGUUGUAACUUUCAACAUAUUGUUGGAUGCUAUUUGCAGAAAUGGGAUGAUGUCAAAAGCUCAUGAAAUUCUUGAUAUGUUGACUCAUAUAGGUGUGAAGCCUAACUUAAUUACUUUUAGUCUCAUAAUUCAUGGUUAUUGUUUGCAAGGGGAAAUGAAAAAGGCAGUUGAUAUCUUUAACUCGUUGGAAACUAUGGGUUUGUUACCUGAUUUAGUUUGCUAUACCAUAUUGAUCCAAGGAUAUGUGAAGUGUAAUAGAAUCAAUGAUGCAUUCAGGCUUGUUAGAGAAAUGACAAAGAUGGGAAUUAUGCCUGAUGUCAUAACUUGUAAAGCUUUGCAUAGCUUGAAAAGGUUGUGAUAGUGGUCACAGGUGAAAUGCCUUGGACAAUUUUCUGAAGCUUUUGAUACGAGGGGCAUCUAAUGGCUUCGGCAUCAAAAGUGAACAUGUUCUUGCUAUGCAUAGUGUCUGUGUAAUUAUGGCGGUAUGAGAUAUGGUUGCUGGUAAAGAUGUAAAGAAGCAGUUGUUAAGGAAAUCUCUUCUGCUAGAGUUGAUGUCAUGGAGUUGGAUCUCAGCGCACUGGCAUCUGUGAGGAAAUUUGCCUCAGAUCAUAAGUCCUCAGGUCAUUCAUUGAACCUUCUGAUGUAAAAAAAAGGAUUCCUGGGGACUCCUUUCAAGCUUUCCAAAGACAAUAUUGGAACUUCAUUCUGCCACAAAUCACCUAGGUCAUUUUCUUUUGACAAUUCUCUUGUUGGAUGCUGAUAAAAACGGCACAUCAAAGUAGAAGAGAAGGACAAAUCGUAAAUGUCUCACCAGACGGUCACCGUUUCCCUUCCACAUAUUUUGAGGGUAUUCGUUUUGAUAAGAUCAAUGAUUGAUCAGGGUAAUACGAUACAGACCACCCUAGAAUGUAAACUUUUCAGAAAUUUUCAGGCUUUAGAUUUCUUUUUGGGUUGAACACAACGCCAAUUGUUAUGAACACAUAAUUUAUCUAUUUUAUCUGUUUUUUAUCAGAAUAAUAAUUUUUUGUAAAA